CCACUUUCCUGUCUAAGUCUGGGAAUGAAUCUACCACAGACUAUGUCAGAGAUGAAGAACCAGAUCACUGAUGAGGUCAUUCCCUGGAAUCAGCUUCCUUUAGAGAACCUCACCAUGGUCACUGAAUUCCUUUUGCUGGGUUUUUCUGAACUUCAAGAAAUGCAGUUUGUGCUCUUUGCUGUCAUUCUCUGCCUCUAUCUGGUCAUCCUGGGUGGAAACAUCACCAUUAUCACCACAGUCUGCCUGGCUCACAGCCUCCACACCCCUAUGUACUUCUUUUUGGGUAUCCUUUCUGUCUCUGAGACCUGCUACACCUUUGUCAUACUACCCAAGAUGCUCCUCAACCUCCUGUCUGUGCUCAGGACUAUAUCAUUCAUCAGUUGUGCCACCCAAAUGUUCUUCUUUCUUGGCUUUGCAAUCACAAACUGCCUGUUGUUGGGUGUGAUGGGUUAUGACCGCUUCACUGCCAUCUGUUACCCUCUGCGCUACCCAGUUCUCAUGAGCUGGUGGUUAUGCAAAUUGAUGGCAACCACUUGCGGAGUGAGUGGCUUUCUGAUUUCAAUGGUGGGUACAUUUUUGGUCUUCAGCCUACCCUUCUGCAACUCCAACAGGGUCAAUCACUACUUCUGUGACAUUGCACCUGUCAUUCACCUAGCCUGCGGGGAUCCCUAUAUUAAUGAGGUGAUCAUAUUUAUUGGUGGAGUUGUAAUACUCAUGGUCCCCUUGACAUUCAUCUGUAUUACCUAUGGCUUCAUUGUCAGAACUAUCCUGAGGAUCCCAUCAACUGAAGGAAAAAAGAAGGCCUUUUCUACCUGUGCCUCCCACCUCACAGUGGUUAUAGUCCACUAUGGAUGUGCAUCUUUUGUCUACUUAAGGCCCUCAUCCAGGUACACAUCUAGCAAGGAUCGGUUGGUAACAGUGACUUACACCAUUAUAACUCCCUUAUUGAAUCCUUUGGUUUAUAGUCUCAGGAACAAGGAUGUCCAGAUGGCCAUUAGGAAGGUGAUCAGCUGGGGAGAAUUUUGUCCUAAAAAACCUAUAAUUUAG